ACGAAGGUAGGAAUUCGAUCCCGAUUUAUUAUUAUUGAAAGGGAGAUCACUCUAAAGUAAACAAAAUGACAAUGUGACAUGUGCUGUGGAAUGUGAUCCUUGACUGGCAUGAGAGUGGGAAAUGACCUAGAUAACAGAAAUGAACAUGAACAACUGUAUCAAAAUUGCUCUCUCAGAUAUUAGGAAGGCACACGAAAAAAUAACACCUCAUAUUCACUUCACGCCGUAUUUCAGAAGUUCGACACUUGAUUUACGGGUUGGAAGAAAUGUGUUUUUCAAAGCAGAAAACUUGCAGAAAACGGGAUCUUUUAAAGCGAGAGGAGCAUUAAAUGCCGUAUUAUCCUUGAAAGCCAGUAAUCCAGAUGUUCAUGGAGUUGUGACACACAGCAGUGGAAAUCAUGGACAGGCCUUGGCAUGGGCUGCCAAGACAGCUGGUGUUAAAUGUAGUGUAGUAGUGCCCAACAACUCGCCAAAGAUUAAGUCAGAUGCCAUUUUAGGCUAUGGUGCUGAAUUAGUGUUUUGUGAACCGACUCCAGCUGACAGGCAAGCAACAUGUGACAGAGUUUCCAAAGAGCGGAAUUUUACCAUCGUUCCCCCUUAUGAUCACUAUGAUGUCAUAGCAGGACAGGGUACAAUAGCGGUUGAAUUUUUGAAACAAGUACCAGAUUUGGAUGCCAUCCUGGUUCCAGUGAGUGGUGGAGGAAUGACCUCAGGGAUUGCAAUAGCAGCUAAAGCUAUUAAACCAGAUAUCAAAGUGUUCAUGGUUGAACCAGAAGGGAAGAUGUGUGAGGAAUGUCUUAGAGCAGGUGAGAGACUUUGGCCAAAUCCUCCAAGAUUUUUAAACACGAUCGCAGAUGGAAUUAGACUUCAGCAGCUGGGGGAUCUGACAUGGCCAAUUAUUCUAGAACUCGUGGAAAAGGAUGUCUUUUCUGUGAAAGAUGAUGACAUUGUGAAAGCUAUGAGAUUUGUUUUUGAAAGAAUGAAGUUGGUGAUUGAGCCAGCCUCUGGAGCAGGGGUAGCUGCAGUGAUGUCUGAGAGACUGGCCUCCAUGGACCCCGGUCUGAGGAAUAUCGGGGUUAUACUGUGUGGAGGGAAUGUUGACAUUGACCAUCUACCUUGGUGCUGAAGAUUGUAACUGUGAACAGUAUUGGAUGAUUUUUAUAAUACUGAUUUUUAUCUAACUAGGAAUAGUAUUGGAUGAUAUUUAUAAUGCUGAUAUUUAUCUAACUAAGAACAGUAUUGGAUGAUAUAUGUAUUUAUAACACUGACAUUUAUCUAUAGUGGUGCUAAUUACUGGUGUUUUCAUGCAUAUCAGUUUUAUCCAAUGCGUAUUAUGUACAUUUGUUGUAUUAAUUUUACAUUAUAAAUAUAUUUAUUAUUAAUUCU